GACUGCUUUGCUAUACGAGCUGCAGGCGCGGGCCUGCCGCUGGGCUGAAGGCUGAAGGCUAUCUGAGAUUGCGACAUCCAGAGCAGCGGGAAGCAAAAAAGUCGAGGUUGCCGGUUCCGGGCCUCGCUGCAUCCGCUUCACAGGCCCAAACGGGUCUGGUUGGACAACUCAAGCUGACGGGGGCCAACACAAGCUGACGGGGACCAACACAAGCUUACGGGGACCAACACAAGCUUCGGGGGGCCAUCACGGGCUGACGGGGUCCGAAACGGCUGCCACGGAGUUCGAAGCCAGGUCCUUUUAAAGGUCGAAGAGAGGCUUUGCUUCGUUUCCCGUCCUCCCGCCGUCGGCUUGUUUUUCUGUGUGCGCCUGGCCUCAAGUUGUGUUCUGCUCCUUGUGCUCCACCACACAACAGUUUUUGCGUCAACCGCAGGUAGCGAAGAUUUCUCCUCACGGUACCCUUAGAUACGGCUGUCGCGGCCAAGCAUGGUGCUAGGCAUACGCACGAUGCUUUUGACGACCCUCCUGCUGGGUUGGGAAUCGCUGGCCAGCAGGCCGACCCGAGCAAGAAGCCGGGCUUCACGUGCGCGCCAGAUGGGUCGAACGACGUGUACAACAUGCUGGGCACGGUCCUGGUGACGUACUACGGCUUCUACGACACGGCGGAGGUCUUCACGUUCUGCGAACCUGGGGUCAGAAAGCUGAGUCCGUCGAAGGCUCCCCAUCAACGAAUGAAGUUCCGGCAAGUUGCCAUCAGACGGCAGUCUACCGGCAGAGAGCGCCGGGAUUCAACGCCAGUGUGCCAAUCCUGCUGAACU